AUGUUUACACAGCGCAAGAAUGCAAGGGAACAACAGAGGACACAUCCAAAUGCUGGUCUGAAGUCUCAAAUGCGUCAGAAGACGGUGACGAGUUUUUUCGGCAAGAAAACGCGUCGCGUGAUUGACAGCUCAGAAAUAGCCGCCGAGCCUCGGCGGUCAAUGUUAGGUCGCCAAAAGCCGCUCUUCACUUCUCAAGGAUCCUUUGAUGAUGAUGAUCCGACUGGCGAGCAGGAGCUUUCCAAACUUGUGAAUGAGACCCCUCUGCGUAAUUUCAAGACGCAGGAGGAACUAACCAAGUUGAAAUCAGGUAACCGUGGCGUACAGGAAAAAAUCUCUGGACCGCGGACUUUCAAGGCCAUUGGGGAGCCUCGAGAGUCAAUAGUAGCAGAGUCCCAAAUGCAAAGGUCUACGGCCAAAAGAUCAGUUGUUUCGGGCUUCUCCAUUCCGAUGAGUAAAAGGUUGAAACCAGUCAGAACGAACUCGAUUCAAGGAGCACAGAAUCACAGGAGUCUUUCAAAAAGCUCUUCGGCGAUAGAACUGACUGCGGAACAACGCAAGGUUAUUGACUUAAUUGUCAACCAGCGAAAAAAUGUUUUUUACACGGGCUCUGCCGGUACCGGUAAAUCCGUAGUUUUGCGAGAACUCGUCAGUCAGCUGCGUGCUCGAUAUGGAGUGUCGGCCGUCGCCAUAACUGCCUCUACUGGUCUUGCUGCCGUGAAUAUCGGUGGCAUGACAGUGAACCGGUUUUCCGGCAUCAAUAUUGGUGUGGGCAGUGCUCAAAAACUGGCCGCUCAAGUGAGUCGUAAUAAGACGAACAGUGAAAGAUGGAAGCGUACGAGUGUUUUGGUUAUCGACGAGGUAUCCAUGAUUGAUGGUAGAUUUUUAGACAAAAUGGACUUUGUUGCGCGGGAAGUGCGGCGAACACCAAACAAGGCAUUUGGUGGUAUCCAACUAGUAUUGACGGGUGAUUUUUUCCAAUUGCCACCAGUGGCGAACAGAGACUCUAGUGUGGAAAAACCAACAUUUUGUUUUGAGAGCAAAGUGUGGAAACAGGCCAUAGACAACACGAUAUGUUUGACCGAAGUUUUUCGACAGAAAGAUCCUGAGUUGGUCAACUUACUUAACAGCAUUAGAUUUGGCGAUAUUAAUCCGAUGAUCAUCCAGCAGAUCAAAAAAUAUGAGAGAGAAGUGGAGUACGCAGACGGAAUCUCGCCAACCGAGCUCUAUCCUACAAGACGAGAAGUGGAUUUGUCAAACAAGCGGAUGCUGGACAGACUGCCUGGCGAUGUCAAGAUAUUUAUGGCUCAAGAUCAGACUACUAGUGACAAUCCCUACCUGCUCAAAAUUUUGGAUUCCUUGAUGGUAGACAAGAAUCUGGCGCUAAAAGAAGAUGCACAGGUAAUGAUGCUGAAAAAUAUAGAUGAGACUUUGGUGAAUGGUUCGGUUGGCAAGCUAUUGUUUUUUACCACAGAGCUUCUGUAUCAGAAGAUGUUGGAGCUCUUUCCUUCCUCGAAGCUGAGUGAUCCUGACUUAGUAAUCGACAUGCGGCUGUUGAGCAAGUGCAUUGGCCUAGCCCCACAUUUGUACCCUCAAAAUAUUGAAAAUGAGAUAGCAACAAGACCAAUGGCUAGGGCGGAGACGUUGAGAAUUAUGCUCAAAAUUGCCGAGCGGGAAAACAAGCAAUUCUCCUAUCCGUUAAUUCGCUUCACGACCCCCAAUCAUGGCUUUAGAUUUGAGCUGAUUCAACCCACUGAGUUCACAGUUGAUGUUCCUGCACAAAAGACCAGUGUUAGUAGAAUUCAGCUGCCCCUAAUCUUAUGCUGGGCGCUUUCAAUCCAUAAAGCCCAGGGUCAAACAAUUGACCGACUCAAGGUUGAUCUGAAAAAAAUAUUCGAGGAGGGUCAAGUCUACGUUGCGUUGUCAAGAGCUGUGUCCAAAGAGCGACUCCAAAUUAUAAAUUUUGAAUCUAGGGCAAUCAAGGCUAACGACAAAGUCAAGCAAUUCUACAAAACUCUAGAGGUUGUGGCCGCUUGA